AUGGGACGCAAGCCCACGCCGCAGCCGCUGAUACUGGCAGAUGCCAGCGCUCUGGAUGCCGACCCGCCGCAGCCCUCUGCCGAAGCAGCAUCGCAAGCCGCCGCGUCGCCAGUCGACUCGAAAUCGCCCAGAUCGCAGCGAAUCUCUCCCUUCCCCAUCAGCAAGUUUGCCGUUCACAGAAACCGGCCGCCGAGGACGGGCAGGUCGCCAACCUUACAGCCACAGCCGCCACGCCCUGCUACUAGCACCGGACCGUCAGACGAAGCCAGCCGCAACUACCAACAGCAGCAAUUGCUGCAGCUGUGUCGCGCCCAAAACGCCCGCGAUGAUUCAGACCUGCUGCAGCCCUCGCCAUCGACUGCUUCCACCCCAGAUCCUCCUUCCGCCGGGCUGCCACCCCAAGAACUGCGCCAAGCCAUGACGGGUGGCACCAAACAGGCCAAGCCCAGCUUCUUUCAGUUUAACAAAGCCCCCAAAACUCCCAGUCAGCCUCAUCACGCACACACCCAUCAGCACACAGAGUCGCAGAGCCAGCCAAUGCCGAAAGCAAGUGAAGGGGGCGAAAGGGCAGGCCACAAAGACCCGAUCAAUAUCGAGAACACCCAACAGAAAUCCAUAUCUUCUUAUCCGUCACGCUCUGAUCUUUCCGCUUCAUCCUCUGGAGACGCUGAGGCACCGCCACCUUUGCCAUCUGCUAGGAAAAACAAGUCCAAGUCGUUUGCGCUCCUUGGCCGCAGUAAAUCGGUUCGCGACAAAGAAAACGGUCGCCAUAAACCCUCCCCCGCGCAAGUACCACUACCAGCCGCGUCAAGCAACCCCCCACCUCCUGACAAUACCAACGCUUCCAAUUCUACCAAUUCUACUACCACUGCCGUUGCUCAAGCUGCGACAGUAUCGCAAGAGCGAGCGCCUAAAGACGACGGGAUGAACUCCCAUGGUCGAGGUCGGCCUGAGGACCGAACGGCCGGCGGCACCUCUACUACUGCCGCCAAAGAUGCUCCUCGAGAGAAGGAACAAAGAGCCCAUUCCUCGUCAAUACGGGAAACCAGCGCAUCAACCUUUCUCAGCGGGCUGAGAUACUCGUCGACCAGGGCUGCUGACAUAAUUAGCAAAGGUCUGUUUGGAAAGAGUUCGCGAAGCGGCAGCACAACAGAAAAAGAGCUGGUGAUAGACGACGAACAUUAUGUGUUGAAGGUGAUUAAUCUACCCUUGGUCGAACAGACACGUUUAACUCGAAUUUCAAAACGUUUGGAGGACUCGCGAGACAAGACAGAGUUCUGGAUGCCAGCAUUUCCGUGGAGAGCCAUCGAUUAUUUGAACUAUAAGGGGACCGAAGUUGAAGGUCUUUAUCGCGUGCCUGGAAGCGGGCCUCAAGUUAAGAAGUGGCAAAGAAAGUUUGAUGAGCAGUACGAUGUAAAUCUCUUUGAGCAAAACGACCUCUAUGAUAUCAACAUUGUAGGCUCCAUGCUCAAAGCUUGGCUUCGAGAACUACCUGACGAGCUCUUCCCCAAAGCGGCCCAAGAGCGCAUUGCUCGCGAGUGUCAGGGUGCUGAAAAAGUCCCCCAGCUGCUUAUCGAAGAGCUCUCGAAUCUUUCCCCGUUCAACUAUUACCUGCUUUUUGCCAUUACGUGCCAUCUCAGCCUGCUUCUUGCUCACUCUGACAAGAAUAAAAUGGAUUUCCGAAAUCUAUGCAUCUGCUUCCAGCCGUGCAUGAAAAUUGACGCCUUUUGCUUUAAAUUUCUGGUUUGCGAUUGGAGAGACUGCUGGAAGGGCUGCAGCAACGAGGCCAAGUUCAUUGAAGAAGAGUACCGAAUAUUCGACCAACCUCCGCCGCGGGGCCUUGCUGAAAUGCAAAUUCCCAACCAAAGCGAUGUCGAGCAUGCAGAAAAACCAGCUUCGUCACAUAGCAAUAUGCCAUCGAUCCAAGAGACAGGCGAACCGACAGAAGACGUGGGUAAGCACCAAAAUCAGUCAUCCAAGUCCAACAACAGUCUUUCGUCUCGUCGGUCAUCCAUCUCGACGGCCCUGAGCGACCAUAGCGAGGAGGAGGAUAACGUUAGCGACAUGUUUGGCUUCACGCAUUCACAAGCUACUACUGGAGCCGGAUCCCGAGAACUGCGUCCUUUGUCUCCGAUCCAGCCUCUAUCACCCCUCGGCUUCUAA